AUGGCCGUCACCGGGGAACAAGACGUGCUCAAGAUGGCGCGGGAGAUCGCGCAGGUGACGCAGCGGGACGGCUGGAAGUCGGACAAGAGCGUCGUGCCGGACAUGCAGCGUCUGCUGGGGAAGCUCACGACGCUCAAGGUGGACAAGGACCUGCUGCAGCGCACCAAGAUUGGCGCGGCCGUGAACAAGCUCAAGAAACACGACGACGAGGUCGUGCGGGGGUACAGCACGAGCCUCACGAAGAAGUGGAAGCACGUGGUGGGGCUUGUCUCAACGGCUCGACCGGGGGAGAACCCGCGAUUGCCGAGUGCGUCGCCGCCGUCCCAACGAGUGGCCGAUGCGGGACAGCAAAUGAAGUUUGAGAGGUCGAGGAAGCGAUUGCAAGAAGGGUACGCGACUGAAAAAGCCAAGCGAGACUCGAGGACGGUGAGAGUGCUUAGUGGACCGGUGUCCAAAGGUCGGAGAGGCACGACCGUGUCCACAGCUCCGUGUCAGAGCUCGGUUGGGAGAGCCCAAUUAGCCCAACGCCGGCUACGUUCGAUUGCAAGCCAUCGACCAGCGCCAGGACCACCAGUUGGUCGUCGAUCGGCACCACCAGAUGCGCGUCGAAUGCUGCCGGCGUCGAGGACUCAGCUGCAGGCGAGACGUCCUGCCCCUUCGCUCAACAACAUGUCAGCAGAUGAAAGGCAUCGCCAGCGCCAGCUUAAAUACAGAGCGCUGUCUGGACAAGGAGCUUGCGAUCGCGACUACCGAGAGCCCGAGCGCGCUCGGAGCAGAAGCAGUGGCACACAGGCUAGUGGAAGAUCAACAGCUGGGUCGCGACCGUCCAGUGCUUCAUCAUCGAUGGGUGGAUCGGCUUCGAAAAACCUUCCGAAUGCUGUGGAUGCACGGAAGGCGAUGUUAGAUACGAUGUACCCACGUGUGUGCGGGGUGGGAGGUGGCUCCAGUGGCAGCAACUCGGCAGGCGGUGCUAAGCAAAGUCGAUCGAGUACAUCAGUGAAGAGGAAGGAGGUGAAUUAUACCGAGGGACAGCGCGAUGUGUUGUCCUGGCUUAAGAGUCUCAGCGUGGACAUGAGCGAGUAUGCUCCAGCCUUUUUCGAGAACGGCUUUGACUCGGUGAAGUUGCUCAGUACGAUAGAAAAGUCGGACUUGCCGUCACUCGUACCGAAGAAGGGUCACCACCGUUUAAUCCAGCAGGCGUUAGAUGAGUUGCGCCGCAAGCAUUCUACGUCUGCAGCUUCACAGCGACGUGAUCGUUUCCAGAAAGUGUCGCGCACGCGUCGUCGUGAUCCGUUUGAGGAAGAAGAUUCGGACGAUAGCUUUGUGGUGAGCGACGACGGCGAGUACCGUCCUGGUCACAUCGCAGCAAUGUUUCGCAAGAACCGAAAGCGGCAGUACUCGAUCGACUCGGACGAUUCAAUUAAUAUGGAAGCCUCAUUUGACGAGAUCCAGAAGGAAGAAAAGCGCAGUGCUCUCUAUGGCGAAUACGAAGACUAUCGAGAAGACAUGCGCAAUAAGAAGCUGCUGAAGAAGAAAAAGUGA